AUGCCAAACUUAUUGGAAAACGUCGACACCAUCGUCGAGGAGGUGCUGGAAGACCUUAUCGCGGCAGUGGUUUCCGAUUCUAGCCAAAUCGAGACGACCGUCCAGUCGGUUCUCCUGGACAUUGUAGCCAUGAAAUUUAGACACUGUCUACAACUGGAUACCGACACCGAUAACGUGGACUGUAAAGAUAGACGGAAGUCGCCAUCGUCGAUCAAUUGGUCGACGCUAUGGUCCACCUUGUGCCGGAAACAUUGUCCUCCGCGCCGCACGUAG